AUGCCUAAAAGGGUAGCAGGCCGAACGCCGUCUUCAUCGGAGCCUGUACCGAAGAAAAAUAAGGUUUCCCCUCCCGCCAGAUCUGUUAAGAAGCAAACGCCCACCCAGUCUGGUCGCUCCAAGAAAGCCAGGAACUCAGCCACCAAGGCUCUUAACCUGACAACUCGACGUGCCACGCGCUCCAUGACUCUGGAAAGACGCACUGUAUUCCCUUUCCUUCGCUUGCCCGGCGAGUUGCGCAAUCUCAUCUACAGCUUGACACUCAACUUUAAUGGAACCAAGAAGUAUCUGGACAUUUACUUCGACUCACACACGGACGGCUGGCACGAAAAGCCCAUAGUUCACAAGGAAACGCCCAGCAUCCUCCUAGUGAAUAAGCAGAUCUUGCGCGAGUCGCUCUAUAUCCUCCACCGGAAGAAACUCACCCUUUCUCACGGCUUCAUUCCGUAUGAGCACGUCAGCUACAUCAUCAGCCCGCCAUUGCUUGCGAAUUUGCGUGAGGUUGACUUCACGCGCGACAUCAGUUCUGCUGACAACUCGCACUGUUGGUGCGAUAUCAUGGAGUUCUUUCACUUGAUCAAUGACUGCAUCGAUAUAUGGGUCGAACCGCAUCCUGAUGAACCCCCAGUCGACUACCGCAACAACCCCGACAGCCCCAACAACAUGGGACAUAACCUCCAGUAUCUCAACAUCGAUGUCCGCGGCAACGAAAUAGCCAGACACCUCGAACAGUGCCCGCCUACCGGGCAAUGUUUCUUUCUUGAUGAGAUCCAACAGAUGCUGGCCAACUGCAAGCGUCUUCGCGGCAUCAAGAAGGUUACCUUCGGCGGUUUUCUAGCUCAGUACGCCCAAGAAGCUAAGAAGGCCAUGGAGACGCCACCCUGCUACCUCCUCAGACUGCCAAAGGACGUUCGCAGUAGGAUUUGGAGCUACUGCGCGGACUGGAAUGCUGUCAACGCAGCAAUUACACAUGACCCAACGUCGCGCAACACGACAUCGUCUACUCCAUCUGUGCUUCUUCUCAAUACACGAAUUUCAGCAGAAGCCUCUGCCGUCCUCCGCGCCAAACCACUCAUGUUGACAAGCCCGCCACAAGCUGAAGCCGAUCUUACAAAAUUCAUGAACCCGCAGACAUUCUGCACUGUUCGGCACCUUGAGGUCCAUGUUGACCUGUCCAGCCUGAACACCAUUGACGCGCGCGCUAUGUCCGCGGCUUGGAAGAGCUACCUUGGCAGCCUUGCUACACUGCUCCAAGAGAAACAAAGUCAUUCUUUGGACACUCUGCAUAUCCACUUGCGCUCGUACAAUGACGUCAGCGCACGCGACCCCGAAGAUGCCAAUACCACCAAUGCCUUGAUGUAUGCGGCCAUCGUGGAGCUGAGUGGGCUUGCCGAUAAAACGGUGGGCAAGGGCAUUCGGGAGAUAACAUUUGGCGGCGAUGUCCCGGUCGAGGUGAAGCACGCUUUCAACAACAAGCAGCACAAGAGCGGCAGGAAGUCCAACAAAAGGGAGAAGGGCUUUGCUUGGGUCGACGUAUCCAAUCCAGGAGGUGUGAGCGCGAGCGGUUGGGAUGGUCUGUUGCGUCGGACCAGGUCCUCGAAACGAAACGGUAAUAAACCUUAG